CCGUUAAUGGCUACCAGCGGACGGGUGAAUCUGGACAUUUCUGGAUAACUCGCAGUUUAUUGCAGCGCUGUUUGUUAGAACUUUGUGUGUUUCAUACUGAUCGAAUAAUGGUGAGAAGCAGGAGCCGAACACCACCGCGGCGAGAGAGACGCCGGUCACGCUCGUCCUCUCGAGAUCGCGAGCGGAGGCGCAGGGAGCGCGAGAGGAACGGGUCGCGCGACAGAGACAGACGGAGGUCGCGCUCGCGCUCCCCCAACAGGCGUAGAUCCAGAUCUCCACGGCGACACCGCUCCUCCUCCCAGUCUCCAGUGCGGCAGAAGGACAGACGGGAUGAUGAAAGGAAGGAAGGGAAGGAUAAACCUACAAAAGUCCAUCAAAUAUCAGCUGAGGACAUGCAGGGAAAGACAGAGGAGGAAAUAGAGAUGAUGAAACUGAUGGGGUUUGGAUCCUUUGACAGCACAAAGGGUAAAAAGAAAGAGGGUUCUGCUAAGGCAUUCGCUGUCAACGUGUCUCAGAAGAGAAAAUACAGGCAAUAUAUGAACAGGAAAGGUGGUUUCAACAGACCUUUGGAUUUCAUUGCUUGAUCAUGGAAAGUCAGGAGCCAAGUUUUAACGACUUUGACUGCUUUGAGUUCCUUUGUGAUGAAACGUAUAUUCAUUUGUUCCUAAGUGUAUAUAAAGUGUCAUUUUAGUUUUCAAUAGAUGAACAUCAUAGCUAAUUUAAAAGUAUUUUGUUAUUGUGGAUUAUUUGCCUUGAAUGUCUUCUUUUGUGAAACCCUUACAGUGCUAAUAAAUUGAGAUUUUUGUAAUUAUUAUU